GCGGCCCCGAGACCUUCACCGGCCGCUGAGAGGCGCGCGGGGGCUGGGCUGCUGCCGUCUAGGGGCCCCGUCCCGAGGCGUCCCCAGCGUCCCGGGCCCGAACCCUGAGCGCCGGGCAGAGCCCACCCCGUCGGUUCUGGCUCGUGUUUCGUCCCCGUGGCCGUAAGGGCCCACCCCCCAACUCCCCUUUACGCUCCCGGGGCAGGGUCCUCACGGCCCAUGCUGGCCGCUGGGGGCCCGUGCCGACCAGACAGCUCCCAGGCCGGCCAGUUGGCUACCAUGGUGGCCCUGAGGCCUGUGCGACUCCUCCAGGGGGGCUAACAGGUCCAGAGCGCAGGCCUCGGGGCGCGAGGGUCCCGGGUCUGAGCCCCGCGCCAUGGCCGGGGCCAUCGCCUCCCGUAUGAGCUUCAGCUCGCUCAAGAGGAAGCAGCCCAAGACGUUCACCGUGCGGAUCGUCACCAUGGACGCCGAGAUGGAGUUCAAUUGCGAGAUGAAGUGGAAAGGGAAGGACCUCUUCGACUUGGUAUGCCGGACCCUGGGGCUUCGGGAAACUUGGUUUUUUGGACUGCAGUACACGAUCAAGGACACCGUGGCCUGGCUCAAAAUGGACAAGAAGGUACUGGAUCAUGAUGUUUCAAAGGAAGAGCCGGUCACUUUUCACUUCCUGGCCAAAUUUUAUCCUGAGAAUGCAGAGGAGGAGCUGGUUCAGGAGAUCACGCAGCAUCUCUUCUUCUUGCAGGUAAAGAAGCAGAUUUUAGAUGAGAAGAUCUACUGCCCUCCCGAGGCUUCUGUGCUCCUGGCUUCUUACGCCGUCCAGGCCAAGUACGGUGACUACGACCCCUCUGUUCAUAAGCGUGGAUUUUUGGCCCAAGAGGAAUUGCUUCCAAAAAGGGUAAUAAAUCUGUAUCAAAUGACUCCAGAAAUGUGGGAGGAGAGAAUUACAGCCUGGUACGCAGAGCACAGAGGACGAGCCAGGGACGAAGCUGAAAUGGAAUAUUUGAAGAUAGCUCAGGACCUGGAGAUGUACGGUGUGAACUACUUUGCAAUCCGGAAUAAAAAGGGCACCGAGUUGCUGCUUGGAGUGGAUGCUCUGGGGCUUCACAUCUAUGACCCUGAGAACAGGCUGACCCCCAAGAUCUCCUUCCCGUGGAAUGAAAUCCGAAACAUCUCGUACAGUGACAAGGAGUUUACUAUUAAGCCAUUGGAUAAGAAAAUCGAUGUCUUCAAAUUUAACUCCUCGAAGCUUCGUGUUAAUAAGCUGAUUCUCCAGCUCUGUAUCGGGAACCAUGACCUUUUUAUGAGGAGAAGGAAGGCCGAUUCUUUGGAAGUUCAGCAGAUGAAAGCCCAGGCCAGGGAGGAGAAGGCUAGAAAGCAGAUGGAGCGGCAGCGACUUGCUCGAGAGAAGCAGAUGAGGGAGGAGGCAGAGCGCACAAGGGACGAGCUGGAGAGGAGGCUGCUGCAGAUGAAAGAAGAGGCAACGAUGGCCAACGAAGCUCUGAUGCGGUCUGAGGAGACGGCUGACCUGUUGGCAGAAAAGGCCCAAAUCACAGAGGAGGAGGCCAAACUCCUGGCACAGAAGGCUGCAGAGGCUGAACAGGAAAUGCAGCGCAUCAAGGCCACAGCCAUUCGGACAGAGGAGGAGAAGCGCCUGAUGGAGCAGAAGGUGCUAGAGGCCGAGGUGCUGGCUCUGAAGAUGGCCGAGGAGUCAGAGAGGAGGGCUAAGGAGGCUGAUCAGCUGAAGCAGGACCUGCAGGAAGCCCGCGAGGCAGAGCGAAGAGCCAAGCAGAAGCUCCUGGAAAUCACCACCAAGCCCACAUACCCGCCCAUGAACCCAAUUCCAGCACCACUGCCUCCUGAUAUACCAAGCUUCAACCUCAUUGGUGACAGCCUGUCUUUCGACUUCAAGGAUACUGACAUGAAGCGGCUUUCCAUGGAGAUAGAGAAAGAAAAAGUGGAAUACAUGGAGAAGAGCAAGCAUUUGCAGGAGCAGCUCAAUGAACUCAAGACUGAGAUCGAGGCCCUGAAACUCAAAGAGAGGGAGACAGCCUUGGAUAUUCUGCACAACGAGAACUCCGACCGGGGUGGCACCAGCAGCAAGCACAAUACCAUCAAAAAGCUCACCCUGCAGAGCGCCAAGUCCCGAGUGGCCUUCUUUGAAGAGCUCUAGCAGGUGCCCAGCCACCCCAGGAUCUGUCACGUCUGCUGCUCCCGGCGCCAAAGGGAUGGGUCAGACACCGUGGGAGUCCUCGUAGGUGGGCUGGCUUGGAGCUUCUGUGGGAGCUCUGGAACUUUCUCCCCAGCUGAGUGGAGAGCCCAACCCCCUUCAUGUGCAAUUGCCUUGAACUGUGACCUGCAGAGAGCUCUCUUGUGGGGUUCUAGCUCUUUUUAAAAUUUUUAAAGAAGUAUUUGUCUUUCCUCAUCUGAUGUGGGGUUCCAUACUUCCUUUGUCAAAGGCACCCUGGGGCAUGUGGGUCCUUGUCCAGCGCUGACCUCCCCAACCCAGGGAAGUGGCUUCAGGGAGUGCGGUGCACGGGAGCCCCAGAGACAGGGAGGCUGGUGCCCCUGCCCCCACCCCACCCUGGGUUCCAGAACAUUCAUCUCCACUGGUGAGGAACUGGCAUGGAAAGAAGUGUGGCUUGCCUAGGCCCAGGCCCGGAGCGGCCUGCCUGCCAGCCUGCCUGCUGCAUGUCACCGAUGAGCUGGCGUGUGGCUCAUGACAGGCCAUGCAGUGGGUCUUCAGCCCAGGCACCCCCAAGGCCGCGCUCUGGCUGCCAGCUGGUGGGCAAUGGGGAAGACAGCUGUGACCGGGGGAAGACUUCAGGCUGAGGCUGUGAUGACGGGCUGACUGCCAGCAGAGGGGCAGGGAGGCCAGCAGAGCUGUGUGGGAAUCUGCUCCACAGAACACGCGCUCACGCCUCAGACCAGGGAGGCAGGCGGGAGCUGUGUGUCUUCCUCACCCCCCUUCAGCCUUAGUCUUUCCUGCCUGUGGCAGGCUGGGGAGCUCCCUGGUCACUGGUAGUUAGCCCCUGGUAGCCCGGCCAGGCUCCAUUAGGGCUUCGAGUCCCCCCAGGUACUUCUUGCUGAGCCCCGCGUCUGUGCGGCUGACCCAGAUCACCUGUCCUGGCCGCGUGCCGGCAAGCCCUUCCUAAGCCCUGAUUGUACGGGGCCUCCUUUUGGUGUUGCCCUUGCAGCCCAGGCAGCCCUUUAUCUUAUAUUCCCCCUUGGGCCGUGCGGGGUCCCAGCGCAAGCCAGGUGCACAAGCCGGGUGUCCCCUCGCUGUUGGUGCUCUGCGUCGGCUGUGCACGGCUCCCUGUUUCUCGGGCAGCAGCGGGUCCCAGAGCCACACCAGGCACCGCGCUGCUCAGCUCGGGGCCACUUUCUCUUCUCUGGUUUGGUGGUGCUGCUGUGACCCACUGGCCAUUCGGAUCCCUCCAGUGGGGUAUUACACAGAGUAGGAGAUAAGUCAGAACCAGCGAGAAGAGGCUUAUUAAGUGUAGACAUGUGAGUGAGGGUCUGGAGAUUUCCUGGCGGGGGGGUCUAUGAUUGUCCUGUGUGGUUCCGAGAAACUCACAGAGAUCCUGCCUUUACGCAGUCAGGCUGACCUGACGGUGUCCCCUGUUGGCCACCCACCCCCGACACACACACACCUGGGACCCCCUUGCCCUGAGGAAGGCAGCCGUGUGUGUACUCAAGCUUGGGCCGUGCAGGGUGGAACUCCACCUCCAGUGCUAAGUGUGGAUGGCUGUGGCUGACAGGGUUUCCUUGUCCCUCAAAACCCUCUUCCCCCUAGAUGUGGUCCCAGUAAAGCGAGUCCUGAGGCGUUUGUAAUGUAGGGCCUGGCUCUCGUGUUGAGGCUUUGUCUCCCUGGCCUCACCACCCACCCCUGAAUUUCCAUGACGAGUUCCUUUCUUUCCGACCUGCAAAUUGAAUCUGUAACAGUGGCUGUGGGCACAGGAGCAUGGUAGUGGUUUAUAUAAAUGUUGUCAGGCUUUGUUUUUUUUUUUAUUAUUUAACUGCUGUGUGUGUGUUCCAAGUCCGGGAAAUGCCGAGCCAUGUGGCCACAAGGGAGCCAGCUGGCAUCUGAGCUGUGGCAGGAGCACCCUCGGGCCCAAGAGUAGAAUGGGGGGGGGGGGCGCAGCAGAGCCUCACUCAACCAGGAACACUUCAGCUCUCAUUGGAGGCGGGAGCUGGCGUGUACCUCCCAGAGACGGUUGGGCAGAGAGGGUGAUGGCCCUCCGAAAGGCCCUGAGCCACAGCAGAAGGAAAAGGAAUGAAAGAGGAAUGUGGUUUUCAGGGACUCGUGCCUGUGGCUCAGGUGACUGUGUUCUUUUCAAGUGAACAUUUUGGGGGCAUGGGAGCUUAUUAGGUAGAGGCCUCUGAGCCCCCCCUGAGAGCAGUUUCAUUCGGCCACUGCUGACGGUCCUUGCCCCACUGGUGACACUACAUGUGGCUGCGCCGUUGGCCUUUGCUGCUGCGCACAGACCACCUCGUCCGUCCUGACCAGGGCCCCGCGUCAGCCGCAGCAGCGCUCUGACCUGUGGCGUCCACUCAGUUAUUCACGUACCUGCCAGGCCCCGCUAGACAACACCCUGUGCCAUUAUGUAACACUUCUCAAGUGAUGGUGUUUUGUAAUCUUGGGGACAGGCUUCUCUCUCCCUCUCUUCUCUCUGACAAAUCAGAACAGCAAAUCCAGAGGCUGACAGCCAGGACUGGGACAGAGUGCUGCUCGCCGCUGGGGCUGGGGCUGCAGGGGCCGCCUCAGUGUGGGGACAGCCCCUCCCAGCUGCCCUGGGGCCAGGCAGGCCCCCCCCACCCCCCACCCCCCGUGGGCUUCCAGGGAAGCUCCAUGCCUUUUCAAAGAUGUCAGACCACACUUGUUCCAGUGGGGUCUGAGUCUCGUUUCCUAUCAGGGCCUGACCACGGAAGGCUAUUUUCUAUUCCGGGGGAUUGUUGUAAUUUAAAUGAUUGUUUUAAUAAAAA